AAAAGUUUGCGUCUUGAUAGUGAGCCGCAGAAGUCACGGGAAAUUGAUUGCGGCAUGGUGGGGUGUGUUGCUGUCGCUCUUUUGCCUCUGCUUGCUGUUUUCAGACAAGCCUCUUGCUUGCAGUUGCCAUUCUUCGUCGACGUGGGAAUGCCAGGCUUUGCUUCCAGUCCUGCGACGCUGUGUCCUAAGUCUAGGCUACCUCAUGAUCAAUAUGAGAGAUGUGAACACACGCAGGGAGUUAUGCAAGCCUUCCACGAAGGCUCGACUCUUGGUCUAGAAGAGUGCCAGCGUCAAUUCUCACAACGGAGAUGGAACUGUACAACUGCCUAUCGAUCCAGCUUUGAGACAGCGAUAAGCAAAGCGACUCGAGAGACUGCGUUUGUGUUUGCAAUGACAGUAGCGGGAAUCAUUUACUCAGUAUCGCGCGAGUGCGCUCUUGGUGAUCUACGAGAGUGUGGCUGUGAUCGCAGCUGGAUCAAGAAAACGCACCAGUAUGGUGAUUGGUUUUGGGGAGGAUGUGGUGACAACAUCGAGUAUGGAGUGGAGUUUAGCCGUAAUUUCAUCUUGGCGAGGACGCCCGACAAAGACCUCGCCAGAGAAAACAUGGACAAACACAACGUUAUCGCUGGAGGAAAGAUAACACAAGAUAGUGCAGUAAUGGAGUGCCAGUGCCAUGGAUUUUCUGGAUCAUGUACUGUCAAGUCCUGUUGGAAGCAGUUACCUUCUAUGAGCAAAAUUGGAUUACUAGUGAAAAGAGAAUUUGAUGGAGCAGUCAAAGUCACUCUGAAUGAUGCAGAUAGGGAGUUGAUACCUGAAAACCCAAGACACAUACCACCCACUGACUCAAACUUGGUCUACUUGACAAAAUCAUCUGACUAUUGCAAGUAUGAUCCAUCUACCGGAUCACAUGGAACUAUUGGGAGAGAGUGCAAUAAAACGUCUGAUGGUAUUGAUGGCUGUUCACUAAUGUGUUGCAACCGAGGUUUCUAUUCAAGAGAGGUUACCCUGACCAGGCGGUGCAAGUGCCAAUUCAUUUGGUGUUGUCAUGUAAAGUGUGAGACCUGCAAAGAACGAGUGAUAAAGCACUUUUGCAACUAGCUGUAUAUGUUCUAGAAAAGGCACUAGUUACAAGUUGCUUUGUAGUGCAAGACUCAAGCUUGAUUAUGUAGCAUAAGUCAAGGCUAGAUGGCUUGGCUCUAUGAAACGAGAUAUGUUAUAUUACAGACUUUUGCCAUCUAGUAUAUUCUAAGCAGUAAUUAGGCACUGGAUAGCAUAGGGUCAGUAUUGAACUGCUUGUACAUCUACUUUUUUAUAUGUAUAUCAUAUGUUUAUAAAUAGAAUGCCCCUUCUGUUGCUGUGAGCAUCUUGUGA